GAGUCGUACACGGUUCAUGAGGGGUUUCGCCGGCAGCAAUUGAUCUGCUUUGUCUGAAGAGCGCCGUCAGUCUUUCCAAUUAAGAUGUAAUAAAUAGGUCUCGUCUAAUUGGUUGUGAUUUUUGUUCCUGUUUGGAAAUAGAUCGAAUGAAAUUGAUCUGCAGCUUGCGUUACGCUUUUCUUUGUUAUUAAGAUGUCUUGUCCCUCGGCUGUCAUCGGAACUUGUCAAUCUGACAGCUAGAGCACUUUUGUAAGCAAAUUUGAGUCCAUCUCGUCUGUCUGAUCUAAAGUUUUAACCCAAGCUAAGAUCAAGGACGUAGACAAAGCUACCGGACCUUUUGCAACACUGAUUUAUACCUAAGAUAUUCUCGCGUUUCUAGUCAACCAUGCCAAAGUUAAUGAGUCCAAGAAAUGGAGCAAUCCACCGCGAGCAGCACCUUCACGCAACGCUACGCGAUGAUCCACGACUCUUGAACUACGAUCGCGCAAUGUUUUGUCAAGAAACAAUUGCCAGAACGAGCUACAUAGCUCAUCGCGUUCAGCUCGCCACGGCUAAUUAGUAGUUCGCGGCCACGAAAAUAUUUGCACUCUGCGUCUACGUUGAAGGUCGACCCGCUUCUUGGGCCGGGCCGUGUUUCGACAUCCGCCCAGACAUUCACUUAAAAUCGCGCUGAUCGAUCGACAUCUCCCUUUCUCUCUCUCUCUCUGUGUUCAGCGGAUCAUCAUCAUCUGUAGGGCUGCUGACGUCGUGCAACGAUGUACGGUAGAAGGUUUGGGUGCCUGGUAGCACUGGCCAGCUUGUACCUGGUCGGUUCGGAGGUGGUCUCCAAGCUGGAGACGAUCAAACAGUGGAGCUUUCUGACGUACAACUUCCCGUGGGAGUUUCCGGCGAAUCAGAAGGAGUUUUACAAUCCGGAAAACAUAGUCGCGACUGGUAUCGAGGUAGGGUAUGAUCAGAUCUUCAUCGCUACGCCGCGACUGUUCAGUGGAGUUCCGGCCACGCUGUCGAGCAUUCCACGUGGAUCUCAGGGCGAUUCGCCGGUUCUGCAGGCUUAUCCCGAUUGGUCGCACCAUGCUGCAGGUACGAAGCAGUACAACUGCUCGGAUAUCGGACUUGUGUCCGUGUACCGUAUCCGGAUCGAUUCGUGCAACCGACUGUGGGCUCUGGAUGCCGGCGUUUCCAGAUCGCUGGAGGACUUCGAGGUGACCUGCCCGCCGAAGAUUCUCGUGUAUGACCUGCACACCGACCAGGUCGUCCGAAGAAUAGACUUCCCACCGGAGGUCGUGCGCCGUGAGUCGCUGUACACCAACAUCAUCAUCGACGAGACCACUUCCCGUCCGGAGAAUAACUGCGAUGACGUGUUUGUGUACAUCACGGACACUGUUGCCCCGGGAAUUGUCGUGUACGAUAGCGGAAAGGACCUGACGUGGCGCGUCAGCCAUCCGGCUAUGUAUCCCGAUCCGGACUUCUCCGAGUCUACCAUUUUGGAGCACCGAUUCACGUUAAUGGACGGCGUUGUCGGACUGGCCUUCGAUCCGGAAGCUGAAAUCGUGUACUUCCAACCACUGGCUACCGAUAGACUGUUCUCCGUAGCGACGUCCGCCCUCCGGUCCGGUCCACUCCCGUUCGGAAAGGAACUACCAGUGAAACUUGUCGGACGCAAAUCUUCCCAGGGCAUCGGUCUGGCCGCUUCUCCUCGCGGUGGAACCAUCUUCUACUCACCCUUCACCGAAACCGCCGUAGCAAGCUGGAACCCCCGUACCAAUGAACACGCGAUCCUCGCGCAAGACCAGGAACGGCUACAGUUUGCGGCGGAUAUCCGAACUCCGGCCCGCGAUGGCACAGCCCUGUACAUUCUGACGUCCCGAUUCCACCGGUUCUUCCUGAAGAACGUCGACGGCAACGACUUCAACACCCGAAUCCUUCGCAUCGACGGACUGGUCACCCCAACGGCUCCCUCCGUGCCUUCCGCAUUGCUUCCGUCCGGCUUCGGACCCACCUACGAAACCAACUCGGCUUACUACAGCCUCCCUGCGGUGACACCCCCCUCUUCUCAGUUCAAACCCUUUCCCCAGACGGUUCCCCUCGCCAACUACCGCCCGGCGCCGGCGCCUUCGAACGCCCACGUCAAACCGUACGCGUUCAUCCAGAACUACUUUGUCAACAGCAAGCAGCCGUACGCGUACGAGCCGGUUCCCAUCAUCGAUAAGACCAAGAACAACCCGUUCUUCGUGCUGAACAGCGGCGAAAAGCCGUUCCCGGCCACCCGGCAGCGUCCCCAGUACGGCCUGAACGGGGAGAUAUUCUUCCCGAAGAUCAACCACCACUUUAACGACUUUAACGGGCUGCGGUACGCCAAGAGUUUACGGGCUAACCUCACGGCGAACCACUAAGCAAGUGGAUCACGAUACUUUGGAUCACCCCCUGACAAACAGCUCGGCAACACUGCUCAUGUCAAUCAAAACCACCUUGAUUUUGUAAAAAAAAUAACCAAAUCUAUUUAAUUUUGAAGUUUGUGUGAGUUUUGAUAAAAUUUCAAUCAAUUAUUGAGGGAAAUCAAUUAAAUUUCGACUAAAUCUGAAUGACAUGGGAUAAGGGAGUUGCCAAUUGUCCUUUGCACGAAGCGUUUCAACCUAACUUUUCUUUACCCUCAACAAACGUCAAACCCAUGUAGGCAGACUGAUCUUGACAUUUUCUGAGGCUAAACAAUAUAGGUUAAAAACUUUAUGCAAAGGACAAUACUUUGGAAGUUUUUAAAUUCUUGAAAAAUUUUGACGGGGGGUGAUUCAACUACGAACUAAAAUUCAAAAACCACGUGUCCUGUCUUACUUUUUGGUCUAUGUCUUGAACUUUUAACCAAUUCAGAAUGAAAACUGAAGUCUUGUCUUCAACACUGGCAAAUGUGCUGCUACACGUUGCACGCGUUGAAGACUCGACCUCAAGCCAACACCGCCAGCGCUGGCAACACUGCUGCACCCAUUCGGCCUCUCUUCCCUAAGCUGAAGAGAGCAUCUCUGGAAUGGUCUUUAGUGCACAAUUUCCCAGCAAAAAAAAAAAACAAAACGCACACGCACAUGUGUAAAUAGUACCACAAUACUCAUUUUUUCAACUUUCGAAGCAAUUUGCCCACUCUUUGUACACAAAUCAUGCAAAAUACUCAAUAAUAUUAGUAGGUUAAUUUGUACUUUUUGUUUCAAAUCGUAACUCCCCAGUUGUCUAAUCCUUAACCCCACACUACAUCACUCCUCCCCUUUUUGUACGUUCAUAAAGCCAUAGAUGAAUGCAUUUUUCUGUCCCCUUUUGAUCGCUGAUAUGUAGUUUUUUUCGUUGUUGUUUCGUGCAUUGCAUAAAUAAUAAAACCUAGGACGCGAAUGACUCAACCACGAUCACAAUCCUGUUGAAACUACGUUUAGUAUAAAAAAAAAGUGUAACGAAAAGAGAGAACCCCAGCUUGUGGACCUCGAAAAAUAAGGGACACUAUUUCGUGCUCGCGGCUUGUAAAUAAAACCAAUGCAAAAAAAAGAACUCAAUCGUGAGAGCGAAAAAAAGAGAAGCAAACUAGUAUCGACCGCGUGACUACUUUUAGCAUUAGCAUAAAAGCCACUUUGGGGAGAAGCAGAAGAAGAAGAAAAAAUAAAGUGUAGAUUGUACAGCGACAGACACUACACAGGUUCAGAUUUUUUUUUUAAUGCAAAGAGGCGUUUGCAUUCGAGCAGCAGCAAUCGUGUGUGGAGUGAGUGUCCGCAUCUGCAAAGUGGUGUUGUUCAACAUAAUGAUGUGCACUCUUCAACAUGAUGAUACUGUUUAAAGAUAUUGGAAAAGCAAAAAAAAAACGAUGGAACUGUCGAAGUUAAAACUGAAUAUGACGUGAAAACAGGUGUUAAAUUUAGCUCAAUGAACAUUCCAGGCGAACUGUUUUGGAUCGUGAAAACUUAAUAAAUAUUUAAUUUAGUAUUAAA